AUGGAUCUUAGCUUCGCAAAAGCAAUAGAGAAGAACUUCUCGGGACAUGUUUCCGGCUUCGAGAUGUAUGCCGUCUUGCUCCACGAACAAAGACUUGUACAAAACGUUGUGAAGGACCAACUUACUAAAUACUUGAACGUCUUGACAAAGCCCCUCUCGGAAGAAGCCAGUCAUGCUCUCGACGUGAUAUUCGGCCGAGAUACGGAAUGGAGAGAAACCGUUAUAGCAGACAGCAUUCUCCAACUGAUCGCCCGUCUCUCCACCAGAGUCUUUCUGGGCGACACCAUGUGCCGCAACACAGCGUGGCUCGAAGCUUCCAAAGCCUACACGGUAGCAAGCUUCACCAUGAUUCUCAAGAUGACUGCCCUACCAUCCUCGCUCAAGUUCCUCGUUCCCUGGUUCUCAUCCGAAGCGAAGAACGUCUUCAAACACGGAGCCACAUGCCGCGCAAUCCUCACACCUCUUCUCGCCGAGCGUCGAGCGCUGAAAGCUGAAGCUAGGAGAAACGGCAAACCGGAACCUGUCUUCAACGACAUGAUCGAUUGGUUCGAGCAGAAGAGCGGAGGGACAGGGUACGACCCUGCUCUCUACCAGCUUGCGCUAUCUUUCGUAGCGAUACAUACGACCAUAACAAUGCGUCGUCAAGCCCAGCGCACCGUCGUUCUCCCCAACGGCCUCGUCAUCACAAAAGGCGAGCAAAUCGCCGUCGACGGCUUCAACAUGUCAGACCCCACCGUCUACCCCGAUCCACACAAAUACGACAUAUACCGCUACCAGCGCAUGCGCGCCAGCACCGACCGCGCCACAGUCAGUCAGUCGCAUCUCGUUUCCACCGGUCCCAAUAACCUUUCGUUUGGGCAUGGCGCACAAGGCUGUCCAGGCAGGUUCUUCGCUGCGAAUGAGAUGAAAAUCGCCCUGUGCCAUUUGUUGCUCAAGUACGAUUGGCAGUUGGCUGAGGAGACGGAUCUGGAAUCGAGGUUCUUGUUUGGCGAGACGGAGGCGCUGAGUAAAGGGAAUAGGCUGAGGUUUAGGCGGAGGAGGGAGGAGAUUGAUUUGGAGGGGUUGGCUUAUGUGUGA